AUGGCGCACGCAUCAAACGUGGCUUUGACGGAUGAGGGGCUCCUGCGACGCGUGCAGCUGCUCGGCGACGCGAUCGCCGAGGAGCAGCGGCAAACUAAGGCUUCAAUCGGCCUGCGACAACCGUUGCGGGACUGGAACAUCGAGGCUCGGCUGCUGGAGGAGGUGGCGUGCUUGCUCGCCGAUGACAUCUCCAGCCGUCGGGCCUUUGUGGGGUGGAUGUCUCUCUAUAUGAGGAAUUGCCUGCUGCGCUCGCUGCAGAGCCGGCGCGCACGGAUUGCGUUGGCAGCAGUGAACGCUGUGGGAACGCUCGUGGAGCAUGGCGCCUGUCGCGCUGCUGUGGCAGUCGUGUGCUCUUGGUUUCUCGCCUGCCUCGUGCGACUCGCCGCGAGCUCCUCUGCAACGUCGGUGGUUUCCACCGCGGCAAUGCGCGUCCUCCUCUCCAUGGCACAGAAAUGCAUGCUUACCCUCGAGGGCGUGAACAGCCUCUUGUGUGACUGCGGUGCUGCCAGCGCAGCCGUUCGCCGUCGUUCUGUCGAGGUUCUGCGGUCCUACCUGCAAGCGGCUAAGGGGACAUCCAUCCAGCUGUCUGUCAAAGCGUACACGGAAGCUGUCCACCGCGUGAUCAGCGAUCGCAUGCGCGACGCCGACGCCGAGGUUCGGCGUGCGGCGCGGCGGUGCUUCUGGGCCAUGCACGUCUUGGAGCCGGCGUCUACAGGGGCGCUGCUUCGCGUACUGCCCGAGAGCCUGCAGCGUCAGCUGGACGCUGAACGCGCGGACGCAAUGCAGGAACUGAAAGCAGUGGGGCUCUCACCGGAACCGCCUACGUCGUCUUCGCCGGCUCUGAGGCGUGGGAGCUCUGUGCACCAGGAUCCACACACUUUGGACGCCGCGCACGCUUCCUGCACCGUCACGUUAAAGGAUGAUCUGCAAAGUGCAGUGGCGCGCCGUGCGCGCGCGUUCACGCCGCUCUCCGCGUCUCCAACCACGGCACGCCGGCAGCUGUUGCGGUCGGCAAAGGAGGCAGCCGCCCGCCAGGAGCCGGGCACUAUUCUGCCGACGCCGCACUUGUACGGCAGUGGAGCGGGAACCUUGGCCACAAGUACUGUCUCUGCGCGCAUGUACGCCGCAUCGCGUCGUGGCGGUGGUCGCACGUCCUUGCUCACAUCGAUGGAAAGCACCGACUGGUCUAUCCGGCGUGCUGCCGUCCUUGAAGGGCAGAGGCUGUGCGAGAGCGGCUUCUUGAUGAGCGAGGACGUCGCGCAGUUACUGGGAGGGUUGCUCAUUCGUCUUCAGGACAUUCAUUUUCGCGUUGUUGAGGGGGCGCAAAAUUGUCUGCGCACACUGAUGGCGCGGGCACCAACGGCGACGCAGAAAGAGUUUCAAAGCCUGCUGCCCUUCUUGGUGAGUGCCCUGGUUCGUAACACGAGUCACACUCGACCGGUCGUGCGUGCUGGUGCUCGUCAUUUGCUUGACCGCAUCGCGCGCACGCAUGAACCUCCGCAGGAGGUGCUGAAAGCCGUCCUGCGCGCCGCUGACGACGUCGGCGGCGGCAGCGCUGCCAUGGAUCAGCGCUGCGCGGAGCUUCUCCACUACGUGAUCGUGGUGCAUCCCUCUCUCUUUGCUGAGAUGUCAUCGAUGGGCAUCACUGUACGGGGCAUUCUCGCUCAUCUCCGCACGCUGGAAAACUGUCAACCAAAGGAAAGCCAUCGCACUGGAGUGCGGGUGGCACAGGUAAGCUGGUUCACUGCGCUUGGCGCAGCGCUGCUUGCUUGUCCCGAAUCCUUUCGACAGAUAGCGGAGCGGCUCGCGCCGUCAGAGCAGGAGGAAGUGCGUGUGGCACUCCGCGAGAGCUUUGGCUUGAUGGACAAGGACUGUGAGAGGAAGCUUCCGGACGUCUGCGCAAUAGGUAAAGAGCGGCUCCGCUGCCUCUUUGCCGAGGAACUGAAGGCGUGCACGAUGACGGAGCGCGGUGUCACUGGCACUUGCGAGCCGCUGUCCGGUGCAGAUGACCGAAUGGCCAAGGACGGUGGCGCGUCGGACGUGGCGCCUCCGAGUAGUCGCGCAUUGCAGAAUGCCUCAAAGCUGCUGCGUGAGUUUUUGUCGGUCGACGAAACCAGCUUUCCCUCAGUAGAAACAGUGCGAGAGCUGCCAAAAAACGCCGUGACUGGUGCAGCUCCUACUCCGGUGCUCGCAGCUCUGCCUGAACUGGAGCGGCCGGCCACUGCAAGUCGUGCGCCGUCGCCAGUGUUUUCUCUUGUUGAUGAUGGUGAUGAGUGCUGCGUUGCCCAUGCUACUGCUCCACAGCGCGCCUGGCCCGGGACACAGCGUAGCAGGAACCCUGUUGCUCACUUUCUCCGUCAGCGACCGCACUGCAGAGACAGCGAGGAGCGGCGCCACGCCCUGCUGUCCUUGGCGGAGGGGCUACGCGCUGGCGGCGCCAACGCUGAGAGGGAGAGGGCAGCGGAUGUAUACCGCCCGGAUUGUGUACCAGAGGAGGUGGAACGGCUUCUGAUGUACUGGGAGCGCGAGUUAUCCGGUGUGGAGGGGGCAGUGCACCACAACGUGCGAUGGGCUGUGUUGACGACGUUGCAGACACUCCUACAGUGGCCCGCUGCCAGAUCGGCCGUGUCGCGGCAGCUCGCUCGCGUAUUGAGCAUCUGCCGUGCUGGGCUCGACGACCCCUUUUUGGAGGCACAGCUGCAGGCGGCGUGCUGCGUCGACACCCUCCUGACUGUUUGCAAGCUCCCAGCGGAUCUCUGCCUCAGCGCCAUCGCCAGUUGUGUAAUGCGGUGGUUGGAGAGCCCCAUGGGCGACGCUGCCACUUCAGGCUGGCUGGAACUUGUACAAAUAAUUCUUCGAGUUGUCGAGCAAGCGCAGCCGACGCUAGCAGAGGUGAAGGGCACCAACAGGCUAGCCUCUGCAGUGCUGCCAGAGGAGGCAGGGCAUCAGCGUCAUCCCACCCUGACUGCUCCAGUACUCCAUCGCGUUGUAGCGGUGCUAAACCGCUGCCUCAACCACUGUCACGUUUCUGUACGGUUGUGUGCUGUGCUGGUGCUUGUGGGGCUUCGCCGCACGUUGGGGGAUGCCGUGACGCUACCGUUUCUGGCGCCGCUCUCUGCUGCUCACAUGCGCCUUGUUGAUGUGUACCUGGACAAGGUGAGGAGCGUCCAUGGCGCCUUAUGA